UCGUCGGGACGAAACGGAAAGUUUUCGACACGUGCUUUUGUGGCGACCGGAAAGAUCACAAGUGCGUAAUUACCUAACAACCGGCCGCUCGAGCUUCGUGCUUUGAACUUCCGAUUUUUCGAUACGUUGAAUUCUCAGUACUUCUCGCUCGGUCGAAUUGUUACAACGUGCCAGAUGACCGUGAGGUGUAAUUGUUGGAGUUACAUUUUUUUUACCCUCGAAAAAGGAACGUAUAGUUGUGGAAACUGAAUUUAUUGUGCCACUGGGAAUUUUCGAACCGGAAUAUACACUGGAAAGGUGACGCCGAGAUCUCCGGAUAUACUUCGACGCUAAUCGACGCUAUUCAAGCCUAUCGAGUGUAUCGCAGUUGACGAAAGAAUUAAUUAACGAAGGAUUUCGAGCGGUAUCUGCACAUUUGGGCCGAACCUACAAAUUUGAGCGCCGAGUAGAUACUUGAAGUAACUAAAAACUAUUCGCUUUACACCGACAACGCCAUCUUUCUCGGCAAAUAUUGUCCGUUGAGAUAUUCGGGGAAUUACGGCCCAAGUUUGACGACACGUUGUAAAGCACCGAUUUGCUUCCGGCGAAACAACGAGUUGAUAAUGCACAAUGGGACACUAGGACUCGAUUGAAAUUUGCCCAGAGUGUCGACACUCUUUGGUGACGAACUUUAAGAGGAUGAACUGAAUUUGGUGUUGUGUGAUCAACGAGCGCGAAGCGAGUACUCUCGAAAUGCUGCGAUUGGAACUGCUGGUUCUUCUGCUGCUGGCCUGCACGCAGAUUCUCACGGAGCACCGCGACUUUCACGAGUCGCGAAACCAGUACGGCUACCAGUCGCGGUUCCAGAAGGAAAGAAUGACGAGGGAAAUCCACGUGAAGGAGGGUCGAUUGCGCGGUAAAGUGGUCCAACCGAGAACCAUUCACAGUUUGCAGAUGGUCGACGUUUUUCGAGGAAUCCCUUAUGCGGAACCUCCGAUGGGACCCUUCAGGUUUUCACCGCCGCGAUCGCCGCGACCGUGGAGAGGGGUGCGGCAGGCGCUGGAAUUUGCCCCAGUUUGCCCGCAAGUCUUGCCAAAUCUGCAAGAGGAGGUAAAGCCGGGCAGGUACGAGUACUUGGAGAGACACUUGCCUUCCCUGAGGAACCAGAGCGAGGACUGUCUCUAUCUCAACAUCUAUGCUCCUCAUCAGCCCGAAGGUCAAAAGAAUCUACAGAGGCAUCCAGUCAUGGUGUUCAUUCACGGCGAGAGUUACGUGUGGAAUAGCGGCAAUCUUUACGACGGCACCAUACUGGCGGCUUACGGCAACGUUGUCUUCGUCACGAUUAAUUUUCGACUCGGCAUUUUGGGCUUCCUGAGACCUGGGAUUAGGGACGACGCAGCGAGCAACUUUGGACUGUUGGAUCAAAUAGCGGCUUUGCUUUGGCUAAAAGAAAACAUUGCGGAGUUCGGGGGCGACCCUAACAGUGUCACUUUGGUCAGCCACGGGACUGGGGCCAUCUUCGCUAAUCUACUCUUAAUCAGCCCAGUCGCCAAUAAAAAAGGUUUGUUCCAACGAGCUAUCCUGAUGUCCGGGUCGGCGAUGAGCGCAGAUGCCAUCGGUAAGGCGCCCUUGCAGAUAACCAAACAGGUGGCGCACGCUCUCAACUGUCCCACCACCAGCGACAGUGAGCUGGCUGGAUGCUUGCGCAACCAGGACGUAGACACGUUGCUACGCGUGAAAAUCCACAAGCCGAAAUACGUGCCGGCUUACGCGCCGCUAAUCGACCGCGCCGUUAUCCCGGACAAGCCGUUCAAUUUAAUGGAGGACGUCAAACUCUUUGGCAGGUUCGAUCUGAUGUACGGUGUGACAGAAUCCGAGAAAUUUCACAUCCUGCCACCAGUUGCUUUGUUGCACGGUAUGCUUGACGGACAGAGGGACGAAAUCUUGCGAGACCAUGCCAAAGCGACGCACGAACUGGAGCCGGACCUGAUACUGUCGAAAGUGCUGGAGCAAUACGGCGAUUUUUCGAGCGGAUUCACCGACGAGUACGCCACGAAGAAUCGGGACAUGGUGCUGGAGGCGCUAUCCGACAGCGGCACCGUGGCGCCGUUAAUAAUGACUGCCAAUUUGCAUUCAAGGGCGAACCCGAAGAGCUACAUGUACGUCUUCUCGCAUCCGAAAGCUAUGCAAGACUAUUCUGGCCAACAACAUCUGCGUACCGUGCACGGCGAAGAGCUACCCUACAUACUGGGUGUCCCAUUGGACGACUUGCGAGGUCGAUAUAGCAUGAGUGAGACACUAUUUUCGGAAGCGAUUAUGAACUGGUGGUGCAGCUUUGCCUACAUCGGGAACCCCAACGUCGCGAAGCGAUAUCCCUACUUGACUGACAGGUCCAAGGAAUCGGGUCAGUACGAGAUCGAGUGGCCAGAGUACGAUGACGUCAAUCAGACAUACUUCAACUUGACGAUACCGCCCAACACAGGUGCGCAUUACCGUUCGGCGGAUAUGCAGUUCUGGAAUGAGGACCUACCCAAUCUACUCAGGCACCCGAAUAAAGAGAUUUCGGGCCCGUCCCGACCGAGAGGGCCACGACCGCAGAUUCUUGACUUCGCCGAUGGGAUUGGCAAAUAUGCUAACGGGAGCGGCAGUCGGAAGUACGCAACUUACGGGAGCGGCAGAUACACCGUCCCGUCGAGCGUGACGGACUCGAACACGGAAAAAUCACCAUUCCCCAUCGUGGCGACAACGAGCGUCGGUGGCACUCUCGCGGAGGAGGAGGAGGUGGCCACGGUGGAGCCGAGCACGCUGAACGCCUCGCUAAUGAUCAUGGUGUUCACCUUCGUCGUGGUGUUCAUACUGAUAAACGUCACCGUUGUCUCACUGUACAUCUACCACAAGAGGCAGAGCAUGAGGGAGAAGGAGAAGUCGCUGAAGCGGCGAUUCAGCGAGAAGAAGGACGACUCGGCCAGGAGGUCGAAAACCGACAAACACGACAAUUGCGGCCAGAUAGGCUACAAGAGCGACAGCAAGCCCGAUUUGAACGACGUGAUAAAGAACGACAAGGCUUACGACAAUAACUCCAACUUUGGCCGAAGGUCGAAGCUGUCGCGACAGAACUCCAGCUCGACCAUCGACACUCACAUCAAAGUUAGAGAAUGGAUCCAACAGGAGAUUGUGCAUAGGUGCUCGCCGAGGUUCCUGCGCAAGACGCGGGAGACUUUGCAGAAGGAGCAUCAGGAGAAGCUGAGCAAGCAGCAGCAGGAAGAGAAACAACGCAUGGAGCAAGAGGCCCUGAAAGAAAGGAAGGACGAGCCGAUCUACGACGAGAGCCCGGCGCUGGUGGUGCGCCCUGGAAAAAAGUCCAAGCUGCCAAAAGUGUCCGUGGCGAUCGACGCCACGCCAGCGACCAGGACAGAGUCUGUUCUGAACCAAGUGCCCAUCGAGCUGACGAAAAGCAUCGAGGCGGUGAACGAAUACGAGCAGACCUUCAGCCAGGAUCAGCGGAUGGCUCCCCAAGUGGUCGUGAUCGAGCAUCAUCACUCCAGGAGCGAUCCUCUGCCGAUGGAAAGUGUCCUGAAGACGGUGAAGCCGAACUUCUCCACUCCCAGGAUUUAUGAGUCUGACUCGGGCAGCGCGAGCAGCUUGUACGCCAAGAUCAACCCGAAGUUGAAGUCUCGUCUACCUCGUCCCGGUCUAGGGACAAGCGCGGAAGUGCCGUUGGCAGAGCAAGCCAAAUAUGAAAACCCGCUCGACGAGGAAAUCUACAUGAAGACCGGGACGAUCCUAACGACCUUUGGGACGGGCGACGUGAACGUCACGUGUCGGGAGCCGACCGCGGAGAGAGAGUGCAUCAGUCCGGAGGAGGCCCUAAAGACCAUCAAACGUCGAAAUUAUCCGAAGGUCUUGCCGGACAUCGAGAAGAGACGAUCACUGCCAGCACCGAGCAGCCUCUUCGUGCCGAAGCAGCACGCGAGCUUGUUAAGGGACUACAAGAGCGGCAAUCGAGUCAACUUGUCCUCAAGCCAACCACCGUUACCACCUCCGCGAAUAUUCGGGCCAUCCAAGAGCCUUGAGAAAGGCGCCUUCUUGGCCGAAGAGAGUGAGAGCCAGUGCGAAGGCGAGCCCAUUACGACGAACUUGCACGUGGGGCCCUUACUGAGAAGACAAGACUCCGCCAAGAACAAUUCCGACCCGAGCAUAAUAGAUUCUCUAGAAGGAAGCAGAGCUGUCCAGGCCGGCGGAAGCGUGGACACCAUUUACGCUAACCCCAAGUGUCCGCUUCACGGUCAAUAUCCCUUCUCGCCGACGUCGCAGAGCGUCGACAAGGACAUCGGCAAACCUGCCGGCCUGCUCGAGGCGGGCAACCCCAAUUGGUACAAACCGGUCGUGACCGAAUCGCCAAUCGUGGCGAUGGUGUCGGUCGCGUCGGAGCCGCAAAUCGUAAUCAGCCGAGACGACAGGCUGCAGCUGGUGGCACCGGAAGCCGGGCUGCUGACGAUGGAGCCGAGGAUCGUCAUCACACCGAGAAUACUUAAUCCAUGUCAGGCCACUCAGAAGCCGAGUCUAUCAGCGCGCUCCGACGACAAGAUCGACCACGAGGCAAAGGCGGUCACUGAGCCAAGACGGAAUGAGGGAUCGUCGGAGGGCUUGGACAGUUGCGGCGGCGGCUCGUCCGCCAGGGAGACGGAGAGGAGGGAACCGCGGAUCAUCAUCACGGCGCGGGAACCGAAGAACUGCGCCCCGGCGAGCAGUCUGAAACAGCCGAAGAUCAUCAUAAAGCCGACGGCGAGUCUGUCGAGGAACAGGGAUCAGAGGAAUAUACCGAAGGUGUCAGCCAUACCAUCGCCGGAACAGCAGAAUUGCCAGAACAGCGAGCGGGACCGGGCGCUGGAGCUGAGGGAGAAGCCGCUCCUGAGGGAGAAGCCGAGGGUUACGAGGAUCCCGUCGUUUUCGCGCAGGAGGGAGGAGUCCGGGAUUGAAAAGCCAUCGUACGUAGAGAAGACGGAAAUCGUGCAGAGAGUGGAGGCGGUGCCCAGUAAAAUCACGAACACGCCAUCGACAUCCGAUGCCAAGUCGGGCAUACCGACGCCAACGACGGUGGCGGCGGCGGCGGCGGCGGCGGCGGCGGCAGCGACAACGACGACGAUGACGACGAUGUCGACGACGACGACGACGUCGACGACGACGACGACGACGACGACGACGACGACGACGACAACGACGACACCGACGCUGCCGAAGAGCGAGAAGUCUGCCAGCACGGACUCCUCGUCCACCAGCAACGGGAAUUCCAACAACUCCAAUACCGGCACGAUCAAGCGCAAGCCGGCGAAUAAGAAAUAAUUGGCUCGGCUCGCAUCUUACGUUUCGUCCUGUUUUGCGAAUGUACACGGCCAGAGACGCUCGACCGUGUCUCCUUGCUGUGUCUCCUGGCCAAGCAUCGAUACGAGUCUCGCGCUGUGUGCUUCGCGAAAUCGAUAGCCUUUCGUCGAAUUCUGGGAAAGCACGGCUGCUCGGGGGUACAAUCUUGUCAGUAAAUGAAAUAUUAUUUUCCCUGAUUGCGGAUUGUGGCGCCGUGCAGUGCAUUUCGACCGUACACUUUUGUACACGUGGCGGCAAGAGUUGAUGUAUAUAAUUACGGUAUUGUUAUUUACGAUAAUGGUGCACAUGACCUGUCGAGGUAACAUUUGAAUGCUACUUCAUUCGGAGCUCACGAGGGAACGGAGCGGAACGAAUUUCGAUGUUUCAAGGAUUUCGCUGUAAAUUAUUUCCCCCCUCACGAGGAGCUCGCCGCUGCAAUCGCGCGCCGACGCAAUGAAAAAUCCUUCAUGAACGUAAAGGAGAAAUUCUCCCUUCUUACGUAAAUCUGUCCUUAUUCAGAUGGCGUAGAGCCCGUCAAGCGACGAAACUACCCUCCGUAGAGUUAGCGUUAUUUAUUAUUGUCUCUUUUAGAUGUACGUUGUAAUGACAUGCGCUGAAAAUUGUCCGUACGCAAAACUUUCAUCGUGAUUUUUAUCGCGAUUACGUUAUACUCUAUUUUUCCACGACUAAUUAAGACUACACGAGUACAACGUAGCUAUUAUACGUGAUGUAAAUAGCAAUAACCGUUAUUGUCCGAGACACCUUGAAGAGUCACAUCACAUCUCGUUAAUUAAGGGCGAAUUAAGGCAAACCAUAUCGCCUGUUCGUCGACUGUUAAGUUCGCUCUCGCGAGCGUCGCGUCGCGUCGAUUGCUCUUGCACGAUUUUAGAUAUUAGUAGACACGAUCAGUUAAAAUGUUAACCGACUAGAAGCCGAUGAUUUCUAAACGGCACCUGUGCGCUUUUUCUACGCGUGUAUCUUUAUACGAAGAUGAGAAUAAACGUUUUUCAUACUUUUCCA